AGAUCACAUCCCAUCCUGACGCGCAUACACUACAGGAGACCCAUCCCAUUCUGACGCGCAUACACUACAAUUCUCCGCCACCGCCGUAAUGCUGGUCACUCCAAGGUCCCUUCUCAACCUCCCCCGCCUCCUACUCUCAUCCACUCUCUCCAAUUCCUGCCUCUAUCUCACCCUAUUUUCCAUCUUGCAAACCCUCAUCUCCCGCGUCGCCGCCAUCCGAUUGGACCGCGGCGAUGCCGAGGCGGCGGCGCGGGCCCAGGCUUUGGCCCUUAUCUUAGGGUCAUGUGGCCUGCGAUUGAACAUUUAUGCUUGGAACAUCAGCCGCGAUUUCAUGAAGAAUUACCAGUGGAAGGCCGUCGGUCGUGAAUUACUUGGCGUAGCAUUCGAUUUGUAUCAGCUUUUAGGGGCUUUUGGCGAGCGGCGUCGGUCUCGCUCCAACACGGAGAUCGUCGCCUGGGCUGGUGGAGUUUCCAACUCGAUCUUCACUCGUCUGCUCAAUGUUUUCCAUCGAUCUGGGCCGAUACGGGAUAUAGUGCUGAGCCUUCAGAAAGAAGUGGUGGAUGGUGAUCUGCUUAGGGACUGCAUUGAGUUGGGCACUGCUGAUCUUAAGAGUUUGAUGCAAUGCAUCAAGGACAUUGCAUCCACAUUCUUCCCUACUGCUCCCGAGAAUGAGGUGCAUUGUGGGUGAUGGUUUUUCCGAGACUAGUAGCAAGAAAGUUCAGUCUCCGGUGUGCCUUUGGCUUUGAAGUACUCCAUGUUUCUACUGGUGAAGGGUGUUUUUUUUUAAGAAUGCAAUGUUUUCCGUUUUAUGGUUUUUGCCUUUCAAGGCUAGAUGACAAGUUUUGCCAUAUUGAAGUGUGUUUUCAUUGAACUAAUUACUUGUAACCUAUUAUGAUGUUUUUCUUGUAUCACCAGUUUGUUGUUGAUGCACCUUAAUUGAAAUAGAGCUUGUCUAAGGAUGAAUGAAUCACCAUAGAUUUUGCUA